AUGCGGCUUUCAAUUGAUUUCUACGCCAUAAGUUUUAUAACAGAACUGGUUAUAGUUUUUGGCCAAGCUAGCGAUAUUUUGACUGUAAGAGAUACAGAGGAGAAAAUACUCUGGUCCUUGUCACCUUAUUGUUAUGAGCAUUUACUGAAAGUCAGCGCCUAUCAAAAUUCCAGCCUUAGUCCAUUAAAUGCGUUAAACGCACUUUAUCCUGCAUUUGGACAUGGCAUAUCUAAUGAAUUUAUUACAGAUAGCAGAUUUCUAUUUCGAAUGUUGCUUUGCUUCAAAUUAGCUGGCGAAUCAACAUUUUCAGUUUCCCAAUAUCCAACAACAUUUUGUUAUCGUUAUGAUCCAAAACAAUAUAAAUCUACUGCGCAUACUAUUUGUUUCCCAAAGUUAUGUUUAAAUGAACAACAUAAGUUUUGGAAUAUCUACAAGAAAGUGUUUGACGUUGAGCUACCAGAAAACCAAAGCUCACCUUCAUUAUGUGUCCAUUCUCGUCGUCCAAUGGAGUGGUACGACAAACCACUGCCCAUCAUUAUAUUAUCCUGUAAUACAGUUCUAUGGUUGAUUGUUUUAUUUUCAAGUAUUUACCAAAUUAUGAGUGCUUCUGGAACAAAAACUAUGAAAGAGCAAAUCCUUCUUGCAUUUUCGUUCAAGCAAAAUGUUGGCAUGAUGUUCAAAAUGCCGAAAAAUCGAUCGAAAGUUAUCACUUGUAUGUUUGGCAUACGAUUCUUAACGAUGAUUUGGAUUAUCAUUGGUCAUAUGUUUGCUUUUGUUGCUCCGUAUAUUGAUAAUGUUGGCGAAUAUUAUCAUGAUAUCGCCAAUAAUUUUGGCAAUCAAUGGAUUGCGAACUUUCUUCUUUCUGUCGAUGUAUUUUUGGUACUUGGAGGGACAGUGAAUGCAUACGGGUUUUUUCAGAAGUACGAGGAAAUGGAGACAAAGCCAACGUGGAAGUCUUUAAAGUUUUGGUUGAAUUUCUAUGUGCAUCGAAUUAUCCGGUUAUGGCCAACCUACUGUUAUACUAUGAUAUUUCUAUAUUUCCUCACCAACAUAUUUUAUCAGGAAUUAUGGCCUGAAAUUGAUCACGUUGUACAAUGCUCCAAAUAUUGGUGGCAAAAUUUAUUACUUAUAGGGAGUUUAUUUGAACAUCGUUGUAUGGGAUGGGCCUGGUAUGUAAGCAGUGAAUUCAUUUUGUACCUCUUGUCGCCUAUAUUUCUACUAGCACUUGGUCGAAAUAAGAAUCAGGGAUAUCUAUUAUCUAUCUUUUGUAUAGCCUUAUCAGAUGCAGGCCGAGUUUAUGCAAUGAUUGUUUAUAAUAUGCCACCCACACAACUUGGCUGGAACAGACCUCCAAUUUAUAAUUCCAAUUUUAUGGAGCAUUUUGUGGUGAUGUACAUCAAACCUCAGUACCGCGCAGCACCAUAUAUUAUUGGUUUGUUACUCGGCCAUCAUUUGGCCAAGAUUCAAGCCAUGAAAGUUUGUAACAAACGACACUCGGCCAUUUUUGUCACUUGUGGUUGGAUUUUGGCGAUUUUCCUUGCUUUUAUCAGUGUAUUCGGUCUUUAUCCGGUUUUAAUUAAUUUGGACUGGAAGCUUUAUUAUCUGAUUUAUGGAGCGCUUCAUCGUACAACAUUUGCUGUUGCUAUAGCUUGGCUAAUUUAUGCUUGUCACAGUGGAUAUGCCAGUUUCAUUAAUACAUUCCUAAGUUUUAAAUUAUUUUUACCACUCUCUAUGUUAUGCUACUCGGUCUAUCUUAGUCAUCUGCCUGUGAUAUUUGCGUCUUAUCUGCAUAUAACUUUUCCUUAUCACUACGAAACCAAAUCUCAAUUUCUCAUUAUUGCGCCACUUAAUCUAUUUAUUGCAUAUUUGCUUGGUUUCCAAGCUUCAAUGCUCUCCGAAUUUCCGUUACUGAAUAUAGAACGCUCUGUACGAAAUUAUUUUUAUAAAGGAAAGUCGCGAGUAAUGGACGAGAACUAA